AUGCCCAUUUCCAGGUUCGGUACUGCAGCCAUGGUCUAUCACCAGCAGGGAUUCGUCGAGGUCUACGGGGACAGUGACAUGAUCACGGAUGACAACAAUGCCCGCGACUUCAAUCACUACGCGGAAAAUUUCGAACCCAGCUUCCCCAUCGACAACAGCGCUUUUCUUCGCCAAGAUGCUGACGACAACGAGAGCGCAGGCCCCACCAUUAAGUCACUCAAGAGAGAGCUAGCAGCCAUGAAGAAGGAGUUGUCAGCCACGAAGAAGCAGGUGGAAGCUGAGGAGGAGGAGAACCGCACAUUGAGAGCGGUCAACGAAAAUCAAGCUGGUUUGCUCAUUCAUGCCAUAGCUGAGAACACACGUCUCAACUCCGAGCGUGCUACAGCCUCAUCAAGUUUCGCGAGCUACACCCAGCCUCCCGACAUCGAAACCUAUUGGUCCGACCAUGUCAGCCUGAACCAGGCUCAGCUGAUCAGCAUCGAAGUCAAAAAGGCCAAGGUGGAGGAGGAUUGUAUUGCCGCGAUGAGCCAGCUUCGCGACCUCACGUCCAGGCUCGAGAAUAUGCAGCUGCAGCUGAAUGUGGAGCAACUGAACAUGGAGCAUAACCAAAACAAGAUCGAGUUCCAGCGAGGCUCGCAAGCCAACAUCAUCAUCAACCUUGCUCCGGGUCAGACUUACAGUACGGCGUCUUCGCCUGGCUCCUCUUUGCGUCGUCGCUCCAACGGCUCCGGCACCAGCCACGUCGCCCAGGAUGCGUCAAAGGUGACCAAGCAUAGUAGCUCCAGUCUCCCCAUUAGUCAGAUACUGGAUCAGACGGUGUUCCCGCAAGCUCCAGCUGCUCCGAAGAUCCCUCAGCUCCCUCAUUACCGUAACAAGUGCAUCCGCGAGGGCCCUUGCAGCAGGCGCUGCUACUUCCUCCAUGACAACCAGCUCGCGCACUACGGCCACGACGUCAUCGACACGCUGCCCAAUCACCAUGACGGCACAGAGUAA